AGCCUAUAUAAGUGACGAGCAACCACGGGAAAACUAAAGGCGGAUCCAUUGCUUCAGGUGGAAAUGCUGGCAGCGAGCAUGAGGGCUUCAGCGUUCAUUCUUUCCCUGGCAGUCCUCACUGGCUGCAGUGCCCGCGUGGUGCAGCAGGUUGCCGCCCCCGUGAGCAAAUGGGAAGAGGCCGUGGACCAGUUUUGGCAGCAUUUUGUGAAGCUGGGCAACAUAGACCAAGGGGAUGUGCAGAUCCCGGAUUUCGGCACAAAGUUCGAUACAUUGAUCACUGCCAGUAUGUACCAGCUGACGACAUACAUAGACAACAUCUCCACGGGCCAGCUGAGCUCCGACAGAGACUUGCAGCGCCUCGUCACCAGACUGAAGGGGGACAUGCUCAACGCCAAGGAGUAUGGCAUCCAGUCCAUGAGGCAGCAGACCAAGAGCAUGGGGCAGCAGGACUUCCAUGAUUUGCAAAGUGACAUCAGAGCCUUCACCACUGCGCUGAGGCACCUCCUCGACAAGGACAUCCAAGACAUCCGCAAAUACCUGAGCGAGCAACACAACUCCCAAAACCCAGACACGGGGGAGUCCUUCGUCCAGCAAACCGGCAACCCCACCUCCCAGAGGAAGCAGUGGCAGAAUCACCAUGUAGUCCUGGACCAGCAGCAGCAGAACCAAGAUGGAGUCCUGGGCCAGCAGUGGCAGAAUCACCAUGUAGUCCCGGGCCAGCAGGGGCAGACCCACCAUGGAGUCCGGUGCCAGCAGGGGCAGAACCACGAUGGAGUCCUGGGCCAGCAGCGGCAGAACCAAGAUGGAAGCCUGGGCCAGCAGGGGCAGACCCAUGAUGUAGUCCCGGGCCAGCAGCGUCAGAACCACCAUGGAGUCCUGGGCCAGCAGGGGCAGAACCAAGAUGGAGUCCUGGGCCAGCAGCGGCAGAACCAAGAUGGAAGCCUGGGCCAGCAGGGGCAGAUCCACGAUGAAGUCCUGGGCCAGCAGCGGCAGAACCAGGUCAGGCAUCUGGACCAGAUAUGAGAUCGGGGCCAGGAGGAAGAGACGCAGGGCACGGUGUUGGUCUCGACUGUUUAGUGAGAGGCGGACAGCCACCUUCAACACUUACUGAGUACGUGUGACACGCUGCACUGAAAUUCAAGUCUGCAGUUUCAAUAAACCCCUUUUGCAAACCUG